CUUCAAUGACGACAUUAUUUCUUUCAGUGUCCUUAGCGCUCAUAACAAAACUGUGACUGCCUCUAUCGUGAAACAGCUUCAUUCAGAAGGAUUUGAUGAGUUGAAAGUGCAACGGGCAGCAAAAAAGUUUCAUGAGCAUUUACGACGAGUUGCACAAGGCAAAGUUGAUGAAGAUCUAAAGAUCAGAAUGAAAAAAUCCAUUAGAAAAUCGAGGAAGUAUAACCAACGGAAAAGCUGCAUUGACUCAGCAAAAGAAAAAGAGUUGAAAGCAUUCGAAAUGCUUACCAAGGACCAUAUGUCCAGUGAUGAUGACGAUGAGAGCAAUCCUAGUCAGUGGUUUUCAAGGCCGCCAAGCUAUAGGAGCGAAAAGCUUAAAAUAUUUUUAAACAAGUUAGACAGGAUUCACAUGAAAAGAUCAAACAGACAGCCAAAGUUUACUAAAAGAGUAAAAAGAGUAGCAGGCGAAGAAAAAGAUAUCGACCCUCCCGCUGGUACUCCAACAUGGGCMAUUAGCCAGGAUUGGUUAAGGGAAAAAGAGGUCUUGCUGCAAGAAGAGGCAAAUGAUGAACAAGACGAUCGAGAGGAACAGAAUGAAGACAAUGAUGUAAAUUACGAUGAUGACUCAGACGAAGAAAGUGACGACCAAACAAGUGAAAUGGAUUUUGAGAUAUAAGCUGAUUUAUUGCYUACUGGAAGCUGGAAGAUUUUUGUAAAUUAUUAGCCGAUUUUCAAUAAAAUGUAUUAUGUAUUGAAUAAUCUGGAGUUCAUUCUGUUUUUGACGAGGAGGGKAGAGAAACGGGUAUGCAUGCGUGGUUUAAAGUUAUGACCCUAGCCUGAAAAGCAAAGGAUAUUGAUGAUAAUGUAUAUAUGCAAAUGAAAAAACGAGAAAUUCAUAAUACUGCUGUUAUACGGCUCCUGAUACGAGAAGUAUACGUGUCACGUAUCACGAGUCCUUAUACAAUGUAUACGAGGUUUCCAGUAUACUUUCUUCAACUAUCAUUAAACCUAUAGUUUAAAGGAUGUAUAAGAUUGUAUAAUGCUUCCUUAUACCACGUAUAAGGAUCCUUAUACGCAAAGCGGCAUAU